AUGAAACUCCUAUACAAAUCAAACCCGAGAACCUUGGUUUUGUAUUCCGAUACAUGCAGUUUGACAUUUAGAACCACGACUAAACAAACAAACGCUCCCAAGCCAACAGUCAACUUGGAGCUAGUACCGAACGGUAAUAUCACCCCGGAAGCUGGAUUUCGCACAUUGCUCCGAAGAGAAGUGUAUGGAUGUUUAGGGUUAAUUUAUGUCGACAAUCAAAUUUUCCUUUCCGUGAUCACGGGGGCCUUGACCAAUGUGGCUAAUCCUAUUAAGAAGGAAACGGUGGAUAAGAUAUACUCGGUGGACUUUGUGUCUUUAAACAAUAGUGAGUGGGACUUUGUUGAGUUGGACUCACAAGGUUACCCCGUGGUUACCAAUGAUGACGAUGAUGAUGCAAGGUAUAAUCGCGUCCAACAUCCUUGUUUUGAGUUUAGAAAGUUGCUUUCGAAUGGAUCGUUUUACUACUCAAAUGAUUUCGAUCUAACAUCCACUUUGCAAACCAGAGGCGUCAAUGAUACUCUUGACGAGUUGAACCAUUACAGUCCACAGUACAUGUGGAAUUCGUUCUUGAUGGACGAAAUGAUACAGUUUAGAUCUAACUUGGACAGUCACAAUAGAACCGUAUUGGAUGAAAAUAGGUUUCUUACUACUGUCAUUCGAGGGUUUGCCAAAACAGUUGCAAUGGGUCGUUUAGACUCAAUAACAAUCAUAUCAAAGCAAUCCUGUCGAAGAGCAGGGACUAGAUACAACACUAGAGGUAUAGAUGAUGAUGGAAACGUGGCAAACUUUGUUGAGACCGAAUUUAUUUACAAUAACCCUUCAAGAAAAUCCAUAUUCACCUAUACGCAAAUCAGAGGAUCAGUACCGACGUUUUGGGAGCAGGACUCGUCCUUAAUCAAUCCAAAGAUUACCCUCACCAGAUCCUUAGAGGCAACGCAACCAAUGUUUAAUAAACAUUUUGCAGACAUUGGGGAAAACUAUGGUGUAUGUCACAUUGUUGACUUGCUAUCAAAGACAAAAUCUUCAGAAGUGCAAUUAUCAAACAGGUACAAACAAUUGUACAAAAACUGCGACCGUAGAGAGGAGAUUGAAUACACAGCAUUUGAUUUCCAUGCGGAAACAAAAAAUGCAGGUGGGUUUGCCGGUGCAACUAGGAUUCUCCCUAAAUUGUAUGACUCCAUGCGUGAAUUUGGUUAUUUUUCGUACGACUUGGAGCACGAUCUGGUCAUCACUAGGCAGGAUGGCGUGUUUAGGAUCAAUUGCUUGGAUUGUCUUGAUAGGACCAACUUGAUUGAACAAGUUAUUUCCAGAACAGUUUUUGAAAACAUACUCAAACAGCAAACAACAUCUCACGGAAACGAGGCAAGAGAUCACGCCAUGAUUGAAAAUUUCCUCAUCAAGCACAAUGAACUAUGGGCCGAUCAUGGUGAUGCUAUAUCGCAAAUUUACACUGGAACCAAUGCUUUAAAGUCUUCGUUUACAAGAUCCGGGAAAAUGAAUCUUGCGGGUGCCUUGUCAGAUGUGACCAAGUCCGUUUCAAGAAUGUACCAAAAUACAUUUGUUGAUGGUAAGAAACAGUCAACGAUUGAUUUGCUACUUGGUGUUGGUGGCCCGCAAUCCAAAAAAGUCAAGAUUUACGACCCAGCGAGCGAGUAUGUUACAACGCAAUUGGAACAACAAUCGAAAAUCUUUACCACCGAUGCAAAUAUCAAAAUCUUUACUGGUACAUACAAUGUCAAUGCCUUGGAACCGCUGGCAAAUAUUGAUUUGACGCCUUGGUUGUUCCCACCAGAGAAUGAAGAGGUGCCUGAUAUCUACGCCAUUGGAUUCCAAGAGUUGAUUGAACUAAAUGCGGGCUCUUUUCUUGCUGGUGAUGUCACCAAACCGCAGAAAUGGGCAGCCAUAUUGAACCAACAACUAAACUCCCAACACGAGCAGUAUGUCUUGUUGCGAACUGAAUCGAUUGCAUCUAUGUCAUUAUUUUUGUUUGUCAAGAAAUCGUCAAUCGGGCAUGUGACUCGUGUGUCUGGAUCAUCGAAAAAGACUGGGUUAGGUGGCAUUGCCGCAAACAAAGGAGCAUGUGCGGUUCGCUUUGAGUACGGAGCUACAUCAUUUGCGUUACUUACAUCGCAUUUAGCUGCUGGAACCACCGCCAUCACUGAACGAUUCAAUGACUACACCACCAUCAUGAAAGGUUUGGUGUUUACGAGAAACUAUUCAAUUCAAGAUCAUGACCACGUGAUUUGGUUUGGUGAUUUGAAUUAUCGUAUCGACUUGCCCAAUGGACAAUGUCGAAACUUGAUUGAACAUGGGGCAUUUGACGAACUUGCUAGACAAGAUCAAUUGAAAUUGGAAAUGAGAGAUAAGGGAGCGUUUCUGACAUUCAAUGAAGGUGCAGUUAAAUUUUACCCCACUUAUAAAUUCGACAAGGGGACAUCAAACUAUGAUCUGUCGGAGAAACAACGUGUCCCCUCAUGGACUGAUCGGAUUUUGUAUCUCAGUGUGAAGAAGAAACGUAAUGAUUUGAAACAGAUGAAUUACAAUUCAGUCAUGGAUGUUUACUUGAGUGAUCAUAAGCCAGUGUACUCCACAUUUGAAGUCAAAGUGGAGUUUAUUGACAAGAUCAAGAAAUCAACAAUGGCAAAGAAUUUUUACAAAGAGUAUCGAAGAGAGCAUGGAAACUCGUAUGAUUUGGUAUCAUUAAACACGUUGUCACCAACUCCAUCGACAAGGUCAGUGUCAUCAAAGAAUGAGAGUUUUGUCAAUGAGGCGUUGACAGAGUUGAACUUGUUGGAUGAUUUUGAUCCAAACGCACCUAGCUUACCUGCACGACCAAAUCCAAACUCGACCGCGCCUAGAAGAGUGCCUCCACCACCAGCUACCAGAAAAACAACGGCAACAUCCAUUUCAUCACUGAUAAAGCAAACUAGUUCAUCAACGCAGCAGCAGUUACCACGCAAAUUACCCCCAUUGCAAUCACCACUACCAUCCAAUGGAAAUCAACAGCACGCAGCAGAGUCACAGUCCAGUGUUCAGACAUCACCCAAACCCAUGAAAGUCCCGAUUGGAUUCUCAUCAUCUCCAUUGAUCCCCAGCAGAUCCAAUCUGAACUCGCCAUCAAUUUCAAACUCACCCGUCUCUACACCAACUCAAUUAGACAACAACAAGCCAGUCAAGUCGCUGCACCAUGGUGAGUUGAAAAAGCCAAUGAUUCCCAAUAAGCCGUCCUCUUUGCAUUCGUCGAAAUUGAGAACCACCGAGAAUAAUGAUAGUGAUGAGGAUCUGGCUAAUGGGGGAGAGGAAAGGACGGUUUCUGGAAAUUCAACUGGACAGUCACCACCAUUACCUCCUCCUCCUCCUCCUCCUCCCGUGAGUCGUGCUAUGAGAACCAUGUCGGAUUGGCAACCUUUGGUACCUAAAUGA